CCCAUGCUGUGCUUUGAAAUGCAGAUCCUAACCACCUCUCCCGAGGAAAAGGGAGGCACAUAUACUCUAAACAAGUACUUCUGCAACUUCGAAGGGUGAAAUCAGUCAUUAAGCAGCACUUACAAGCAGAUUCCGAAUAACCUGUACCCAAGAGAUUUUUAAUUCUGUUUCACAUUCAGCAAGUAUUGCAAAUCUUCAGCGUAUCAACAACCAUCAUGGAACCAGCGUUUGGGGAGGUGAACCAGUUGGGAGGUGUGUUUGUCAAUGGCAGACCACUGCCUAAUGCCAUUAGAUUGCGGAUAGUUGAACUGGCCCAACUGGGAAUUCGACCUUGUGAUAUCAGUCGACAGUUACGAGUUUCACAUGGCUGUGUCAGUAAAAUCCUCGCUCGGUACAACGAGACUGGUUCCAUAUUGCCCGGUGCGAUCGGUGGGAGCAAACCUAGAGUGACAACCCCCACGGUGGUCAAACACAUCCGAGCGUAUAAGCAGAGAGACCCGGGGAUUUUUGCGUGGGAGAUCCGUGACCGACUCUUGGCCGAUGGUGUCUGUGACAAGUACAACGUUCCUUCGGUCAGCUCAAUCAGCAGAAUCCUGCGGAACAAGAUCGGGAACAUGUCCGAGCAGAGUCAAUACGAGUCGAGCAAGGCUCAGGCGCAUCUGCCUCCACAGUCAGCUCUCCAGUACAAUGCCAUUUAUUCCUAUUCCAAUCCCAUCACAACGGCCGGAGCUAAAAUGCCAUCGUCGCCCGGUGUGCCCCCCAUUCCAGCACACAUGGGAAUUCACAGGACCUGGCCUUCCUCGCACUCUGUCUCCGAUAUCCUCGGCAUCAGAACAUUGUUUGAGCAACAAGGUGCUAUUCCCAUUAGUGACAGUUCUUCUUAUCCUACUAAAGUGGAAGAAUGGAACAGUAUAAACAGGAGUCACUUCCACUCCUCAAACCAGUCUACAGUGAAUGGACUGGACAAGUCCCCACUGGAGCAGGAAGUCAAAUAUACUCAGGGUUCCAAUGGUCUACCUGCAGUUAGCAGCUUUGUCUCUGCCUCAAGUAUGGCUCCUUAUCCUCCAUCUCCACAAGUAUCUCCCUACAUGACAUACAGUGCGGCUGCUUCCAACUACAUGGCAACUCACGGCUGGCAGCAUGCAACUGGCAGCACACUGUCAGCUCACAGUUGUGACCUUCCCACACCACUGCCAUUCAAAAGCAUUCAAGCAGCUAGAGAUUGUAGCCAUUCCAUUGCAGCCUCCGCACUGUAGUACACAAUUAAUUGCAGUUCAGUGUCUUCAUCCCUGCAUCAGGACAAAUACAGAGCCAGAGCUGAUAAAUACAGGCAUGAGGUGAUGCCUAUCAAUAACUUCACUUAGUUUGCUCUUAAUGAGUUAUUAGAUUCUGAAUCUGCGUAAGACAAAACAAACCCCACCCUCACUUUAUGACUGUAAUUAUGUCUUCCAAGGGAUGCAGAUGGUAAUAUAUUUGUCAUCUCACAUACAAAAUAAUGAGGGUUGGAUGAUACUUACAUUGCCAUCCAGAGAUGAUGAAACUGUGAGCUACUUGCCCCAUGAGUAUGCUACUGGGUGGAAUUCAAUGUUAAAGGACGUAAUUUCAUUUGAAGAGAACUCAGUUUCUUCAACAUUCCUCCUCUUAUACCACUGGUUCCUAGCAUUCAGAUACAGAAAAUAUUUAUUGUAGAUCCAUUGUAGAGAAUUGUGUUUUGGACUAUUCCAAACCUCUGGCUGAACAAGGAAUUCUGGUGGCAAGUGAUCAUGUUAGGAGAUGGUUGCUGCAAUUAUAAAAUUAUAAAAUGGAGUACAGGCACUAUUUAGAAAAGUUACAUUUCAGAGGAACAGAUUUUGUAAUAUUCUUGUUGUCAUGAAUAUCACUGUUGAUUAAUUAGUUCAACAAUGUUCAUAUGCCAUUAUACAUUUCACAACAGUUGUUGUUUCCAAAAUGAAAUUCAGUUCCAGGAUUUUUCUAUUAUUAUCUUAUUUAAAAAGAAUGUAAACUUGCAAAUUAGUGGAAAAUUCUCUCAUGUGAUUAUUUUUUAUUUGAAUAGAAUGAGUCAUUUAUAUGACCACAGACUCAAAGUAUCAAAGUAAACUGCAAUGUGUUGCUUUGAUUAGUGUCCAAACAUUUCGAUAGUCACCAAACUUCAAAGCCUUGUGAACAUUUCCUUAUAACUUAAUUGAACAAUCAUAUCCUUGGUGUACCAUUUUCAAAAUCCAAAGCGAUAGAGAUGUGCUUCUGUAAACCACCCAUUUUUGAGAAAUGAAUUACAUUGAAGUAAAUGAGAGAAUUGAGCAAAUUAUUGUAAGCUAGGCAUUUGGUAAACAAAUAAUUAAUGUGAGGGAGGAAUGGUUAUGGAACAGAAAUUUUUUUUGUAAAUAAAAAUAAAACGGCAAAGUUUAUUUUCAUAUCACUAUGUAAAGCUUUUCUCCACAAAUAUUAUGAAUAACCCUCUAGAAAGCAUACUCAUCAACUAAGGAUGCCUAGCCAUUUGAAGAAUAAUACAGAUAUCAACUAUUAUGAACACACAGAAACAAGUUUGGCUUUUUGUUUUAUGAAGGACAUGUCAUUUCUUCAGCAAAGGACGCAAAAUCAAACAUCACUCCAAAUGUACAAGAUCCAAUGCGACCUCAAAGGGUCAUUGCAUUGUGGAACAGCUAGAGGAUAACGUUAGCUUUUUGAAGACCUGAACAAAAAAAUAUUUAAGAAGUUGAUCAGAAGGUUCAAGCUUAUUGUGACACCUAUAUAUAGACACAUACCAUGGAUUUAUAGCCACAACCACUGUGAAAUGCAACUUCUUUAUUUGAUGGUUAUAGCGCUGACACUACAUUCAGGUAAAAUAUUACCGUUUUCCUGAUUGUUUCAAGAAUGUUUUUGUUUGAAAAAACUGUACAUCAGCUCGCUGUGUAGAUUACAUCCAUGUAAAUAAUCAGUUUUAUUUGUUGCUGUAAUGGUGGUGGAAGAAGUUAUAAAAUCAAAAUUCAUUUAAUGGUAAUUAGUACGUUAGGUAGCAUAUAUCCAGUAUAUCAGGCUGUAACUGUAAAUGGGUGGCCACACAAACAAUCUGUACUCCAUGAAGAUGUUAAAAAAAAUACUUAGCAUAAUUUAAAUCAUAAAUCAUUUUUUAAAGACAUACAUUAAGUCUACAAGCUUCAGUUGUGAGAUUAGUUCAUUACUCUCACAGAUCUGCUCGCUAAAGCUUUCUAUUCAAUCUGAUAAGUUCGGGAUUGAUGUACAGAAAUUUAAAUCGUAUAAAAAGGAUGUUGGUCAAUAGGUUGUACCUGUAUAUAUCUGUAAGAAAACAUUUUAUUUUUAUAAAAUAGUUAAAUUAAAAACAUGAAUUACAAAAUAUUUGUUUUAUUCAGAAAUGUAAAAAUUGUUGUACGUGUUUGCUAAUCGUUUUAGGUUAAUUUAUUGACAUGAGAGAAUACUUUACAAUUAUAUCAUUUUGCCUGCUUUGAAUACAGAUCUAGAUGAAUUUCCUCCGGAAAAAAAAUAUGUUCUUCAUGUUUACACAGGUUUAUUGGGAGACAAUGUAACAUGAUGUUUCUUAAGAAAAUGCAAGUGUCUUAGUUAUAUUUUGUUCUGCUUGACUCAGAAGUUUUUCUGAAGCCAUGCAAAUGCAUAUUCAUAAACCAAGAGCAUAACAGCACCACCUGCAGAUAGAGAGGGAUGAAAGGAGAGAAAAUGAUCAAUGCAACUCAGCAAUGGGUGUUAAAAUGGCAAAUUAUUAAAGAUAGUAAAAUGUCUUUAAGCCAACAUGUUUGGUUAGAGUAUUUACAUAAAUUGGAAUUACCUGGCCCUAGUCUCAUGACCUUUGGAACCAAGCCUUUGUACAAUGCAAAGAACCUAUCAAAUGGAAUAUAGAUGUAUUUGUUAAUAUAGGAAACAAAAUAUUCUAAUGUUUGCUACAAAAUUGUGUUAAGUAAUAAAAGAUCAUAUUCAUCUAUUUAACCACCCCCCAAAAAAACUUUUUAUUUAAUUCUCCUGAAUAUGCUAUGAAAAAAAGCAUAAUUUAUUAAAUAAACAUAAAUGAUACAAUGAA